AUGCAAACAUUUGACGUUGCACGUAGCCUGAACCUCACCUGCUCAGAGGUGAAGGCUCAGACCACACGGCGGCAGCGCUCCACCUCCAGGAGAAAAUCCAAAACAAGCUCUGAACCUGCCCAGGACGAGCCCAGUCCAGAUCCUGAUCCUGACCCGGAUCCAGGACCGGUGCCCCCCGACCCUGAGCUGGCUCCCAGUGCUGAGGAGGGGGAGGUGGAGGACAGACUCCACUCAGAGGCUCCGCCCCUAGCCUCUAGCCCUCUUCUCCCCCCCUCCAGCCCUCCAUCCCAAUCCCAUCAUCUUGAUCCUGUUCCUGAUCCUGUGGAGGAAGACCGGCCCAGUCCGAGUCACAGCCCCACCCCUACGGAUGUGGACUGCAGCCUGGUUCCCAUAGAAGUAGAGGAGGACGGGGCCGGCCCCGUGGAGCAGAGUCCGGCCGUCAGUCCCCGCUCCAGUCCUCCAGUGUCCCCCUGUCUGCGGUUGGAGGACGAGGACUCGCUGUCCCCGCUGUUCCAGCGGUCUCUGUCGGAGGACUCCGGGGGCUCGCCCACCCCCAGCCUGGGACACACCAAAAAAAGGCUGAAGCAGUGUGCCUUCUGUUACCACGGCGACGAGCCUCCUCUGGGCCAGGGCCGGCUGGUGGUGUUCGGCCCGACGCCCGGCUACAUCCCGCUCCACAUCCUCAAUCGCCGCGCCUCCUCCGACCGAGACAACGACUGCCACGACCACUGCUACCGCGGCAGCCAAGCCCCGGCCACGUGCUGCAGUCCAGAACAGUGUGAGUCUUCCUCAGAGUUCCUUAAGCAGCUUGGACCCAUCGGCCUUCCUCAUGACAUCAACGUCCAAUCACUGUUUGACCCCACAGGUCAGUGCUGUGCUCACCUGCAGUGUGCCACUUGGUCAGAGGGGGUGUGUCGAGGCGAGGGACAAUCACUGCUCUACGUGGACAAAGCCAUCGACACAGGAAGCACACAGGUGUGCGCGUUCUGCCGGCAGCUCGGAGCUUCGCUGCGUUGUCAGGAGAUGGACUGUGGGCGGUGCUACCACUUCCCCUGCGCUGCUGCUGCCGGAGCCCACCUGGACUGGAACCAGAGGCGCACACUGUGUACAAGGCACGCACACGCAGGGUCCUCGCCACCCUGUUCUCUGUGCUCUGGCGGCGGUGAGCUUGGCAGCCUGUUAAUGUGCUGUUGUUGUGGUAACCGUUACCAUGGCAGCUGCGUGGACCCCUCUGUGGCCCCCUCCCCUUUCUGCCGGGCCGGCUGGCAGUGUCCUCAGUGUCGCGUGUGUCAGAGCUGCAGGCUGCAAGGCGAUGAAGCUGCGUUAUUGGUGUGUCAGCGCUGCGAUAAAGCCUACCACACACACUGUCUCACACCACCUCUGGAUCACACGCCGAGCACCGGCUGGAGCUGCAAGAACUGCAGAGUCUGCUGCCGCUGUGGUGUCAGGUCAUCAGGCCAGUGGGCCAAUCACCUGUUUCUGUGCGAGUCGUGUGACCCAGCAUUGCCCUGCCUUCUCUGUGGCCACACCCCCGACCUCUACACACCACAGGAGUGCGUGACCUGUGUCUGCUGCUAUAGGUUUGUCCAUGCAGACUGCAUCAUCCAGGCCGGGGAGAGCAAGGUGGGGUCCAAAGUGUACAUCUGCUCCACGUGCAGACCUCAACAGGAGGAGCCAAACCCACACAGUCCCACAUUGGCAUCAGCUGCUGCCCUUAGCCCCUCACAGACUCCACCCAGUAGCAUUCCACAGCCGUCGGUCUCAACGUGCACAGAGGCUCCACCGGCCAGUCCUGUUGGUCAACUCGUCCCUGAGGAGCCGCCACAGAGAACAACAAAGUCCCUCAGUGCACCAUCACCACCAAGUCUUACGUCAUCUCACACCGACUCCCAGGAGCUCCUGAAUAAUCCACUGUCAGUUCUUCCUCAGUCUACAGGGCUCCAACAGAGUUCUACAACAUCUCACCCUGAAGCCAGUGAACCCCAACAGAGUCCUCUAUCGUCUCAUUCUGAGGGUAUGGAGACACAACAGAGUUCUCUGCCAGUUCUCCCUGAGUCCACAGAGCUCCAAGGAAGUUCUGUAUCAUCUCAGCCUGAAGCCACGCUUCAACAGAGUCCUCCACCAACUCUCCCAAAGUCCACAGAACUCCAAGAAAGUCUUUUAUGUCACCCGGUUUCUGCCAAACUCCUAGAAACUCCCAAAGUUCUCCCACAAAGUGGAUGGAGCAUGGAGUUGGAACAAAGCCCUUCACAAUGUCAGACUGAUCCCACAGAGCUCCAACAAAGUCCUCCACCAUCUCACCCGUAUCCUGUGGCAGUCCAGCAAAGUUCCUCACUAGCUCUUACAGAGCUCCCUCCUUCUGCUGAACUCCUUCUGAAGAGUUCUUUACCAUCUAGCCCUGUUCUCAAGGACCUCCAGCAAAGUCCUGCAUCAUCUCCCAUGGAGCUCCAACAAAGUUCCUCGCCUACUCCUGUAGAACACCAACAAUUUUCUGCACCGUCUCCCAAAGAACUCCCAGACAGUCCUACAACAUCUCACCCUCUUUCCACAGAGCUGCAGCAAAGCCCUCCACCAUCUCCCAAAGAGCUCCCAUCUCAACUUGUUUCCAUGGAGCUUCAACCAAAUUCCUUACAAAUGCUCAAAGAGCUCCAAGAUCCUGCACCAUCCUGGCCUGAUUCCACAGCGCUCCAGAAAAAUCCUCCACCAUCUCCCACAGAGCUCCAGCAAAAUCCUCCACCAUCUCCCACAGAGCUCCAGCAAAAUCCUCCACCAUCUCCCACAGAGCUCCAGCAAAAUCCUCCACCAUCUCUCACAGAGCUCCAGCAAAAUCCUCCACCAUCUCCCACAGAGCUCCCACCUCAGCCUAUUUUCACGGAGCUUCAACCAAAAUCCUUACAAACGCUUGAACUCCGAAGUCCUGCACCAUCUGAAAAUGCAGAGCUUCAACAAGGUCAUCCAUCAUCUCCCAUAGAACAAAGUUCCUCAUCACCUUCAGCAGAGCUCCAGCACAUUCUUGUGCUGUCUCACACUGAUUCCACAGAGCUCCCACAGAAUGCACCAUUUCCUAAAGAACUCCUGUCAAGUCCUGCACAAUCUCACACUGAACCCCCACAAAGUCCUCAACCAUCUGUCAUGGAGCUCCCACAGAGUGCUGUAAUUUCCCAUCCUGAUCCCAUGGAGCCCCAACAAAACGUUGUACCUUUGACUGCACCUUCUGUCAUAGAACUCGAGCCAUCUCCCUCUUGUCACACAGCAUCCCAUCGUAAUCAAGAAGAGCUCCAUCCUGAUGUGGCAGAGUUUAGAAUAAGCUCCUCACCGUCUUGCCCUGAUCUUGCAGAGGCCCAUGAAAGUUACUCAGCAUCCCACUUGGAUUCCACAGAUGACCAGAAAAGCUGGACCCCGUUACACCUUCAGCAGAGUCCUGCACAGUCUCACUCUAAUCUGGCAGAACUUGAGGAAAGUACUGAGCAGAAUUCCACAGAGGAUCAGUUCAUGGACACAGAAUCUCAGCAGAGUCCAGUACAGGGUGGUCCCACGGCUUGUACCCUUGCACAUUUUCUACACAGCCCUUCACCUCACAGUCCUAUCAAAUCAGGGCUGACUCCUCCCAGGGUGGAGCUGGGGACAGAGGAGGCUCGGCGCAGCCUUCCACCAGACGGUCCUGCACAGGACAAUGCUAUGCAGCUCAGUGGAUCACAUAGUCACAGCCUCACAGCCUCACAGCCUCAGCACAGUGCUCUACAAACGGACUGUAGUCCUGUGCAAGCUGGCAUGAGGAACCCCUCACAGGACACUGAAUCUACACUGGACCAGGAGAGCCCUGGAUUGAGCAGCCCUACUCUGCAGUAUGGGGCUGCACAGGACACGUCUACACUGGACCAGGACCUCUCAUCGGCAGCAAGAUACGCCUCAGCUCCAUGUAGCCCAUCGUCACCACCACUCAGACCUAAACGGUGCAGUCUGUCCCAACCUGCCAGCCCUGCUCAGGCUCUCCGGUCUUCACAGCUUAGCUUACAUACUUUAGAACUUGCUGCACAUUCAACACUCACACAGGAGUCCACCCAUGCCACACAACCUGACUCCUUGAAACAAUGCCCUUCUAGCCCUGAUGGCCAAACACUGGAAAAUAACCCUCCUCCCCUUAACCCCACCCCUGAAAGUAGCACGCUCAGUCACGAUCAUUCCAGUCCCCCUCAUGUCCUAGAUUUCCAGACACCAGAAAGCCUUUUUCACAUUAGCACUUCAGCCAAACACAGUAGCCUAGCUUGCUCACCUUGUGCCGGUGAAAUGGAGGAAGCUCCUCCCCCAGCUAGCCUAAUUCAUCAGAAUCUUCACAACACCCCAUCGCUCUGCAUGGAAGUUGUUGAAGGAGCUAGCCCCACACAUAACCAGGCCAGCUCAGCUUGUGCCAGCCCCACUCGUGCUUACCAGAUGCCUACAAGCCCAACCAUGUGUCUUGAAGGCCACCCUAGCCCUGUGCCAGGGGAGAGUAGCCCAUCAGCAGCGCUGGCUGAACCCAUCCACCUUGCCUCCUGUCAGGAUGAGGAGAUGGAGGUAGCUACCAUCCAGCCAAGUGAUGGUGUUCAGUCAGAACCUAGUCCCAGUCAACCAGACAGUCCUCAGCCUGACCCUGCUUACUCAGAAGCCACCGGUGGCAUUGUUUUGUCAGGUCAUGAGCAUGCUCAGGAGACAGAAAGUCCCCCUGGUCAGUCAAGUCGGCCACAUAUCCAGAUUUCCUUCAGUACUUCACACCUGGCUGCAGUACAGCCGUCAAGCCCUCCGCCAGCUUCUGGUAGUUCAAGUCCUCCACACUGUACACUGAGUGAUACCGGCCCAGAGAGGAGUCCUGUUCGUGCUGAAACAUAUCCCUGUUCUGCUAGUGUAGCUGAUGUCCACACCAGUCAUAGCCCAGUUAGUCCUGCUGGUCAGGCUAGUCCUGCUCAUGUAGUAGUAGCUCACUCAGGCCCAGUGCAGACACAAACUUCCUCAUUAGCUAGCACAACUCAUAGCAGCCCUGCACAUGCUGCUUUUGCCGGUGUUAGCCCACCUCACAGUCCGGCUCCUGACACUGAAAGUAGUACUGGCCUUACUGAGGCAUCACUGAGCCCCACUAGUCCUGAUGUGGACACAGUUGCUCUUUCCAGUGGGGCUCAGCCUGAUAUGGGUGCUGAUAAACCUGCAGACUGUAUCAGACAAACAAGUCCUGCUGCCUCUGUACCCGACGACUCUGCUGCUGUUAGCCCCAGCCAGAUUAGUCAGAACCAAGUCAGCCAGUCCCCAGCUGGUACUGCAGUGGUCCCCAAAGAAAACCACCAGUGCACUGCCUCACCAAGCCCCCUCAUCCCCACUGAUGCUACUUACACUCAGGCCAGUCUGAGUCCUGCUAGCCCUGUCCAUGCUAGUCCCACUCAGGAUAACACUGCGAUGCCUAGCUCAACCUCUCCCAAUGAGGCACCUCUUAGUCCCACAUGCCCCGCCCCCUCACAGAUUAGCCCUUCUCAAACAGUCUCUUUUGACACUCUGCAGGUUCAGCGUAGUCCCUUACACAGCCCAGGUCAAAGUUCUACAGGUGUUCAUAUGGAUCCAGGUUUUAAACAGAUCACCACAAGUCCAGGCUCCGUGAGUCCUGUGCAGGCAGAGCCUGGUCCCGGUCCCCCGAGUCCUGUGCAGGCAGAGCCUGGUGUCAGACCUGCUUCUGCCAGCCCGUUCCACUGUGAAGCCAGUCCUGCUUGUGAUUCAGUUAACCCUGCUCCCUCAAUAACCAGCCCAAGUCCUGGUCCUGCUAGUCCCGUGAAGCCAGAGCAAGGUCCUGGACCUGAAGGGAUGUCUGAUGGCACCAUGGACACACUGAGCACAGAGGAGCAGCAGGAGGAGCAGCCUGAACACACAUCACAGGAGAGCCUAGCAGAGGAGCAGCCUGUGGAGAGGAGCGAGGGAGGAGAGGAACAAAACCAGAAGGUUCUGCCCAGUAGCUCCAGCGGUCUUAAAGGAGUCCAGGAGACUCAGUGCCCCGCCUCCCCCGUACCCACGCAGCAACCUGUGUCCUUCCCUUUGCCCUCAUCACCUCCAUCUGUGGGAGCUGGCUCCCUGGAGGCCUCCCCCCACCGUCACUCCCAGCCCACCAUUGUAGAGGGCCUCCCACAGGAGGAAAAGCUUCCCAGUGACUUUGGACAUACGGUGGGGCUGAAGGACCAAUCGCCUCUUUGUCACAUGACAUCAGAGUGUGAUGGGGGUCAGUCACAGAUCCUAUAUGAACCUGUUGCUUUGGUAACAGAACCCACCGAAGAUGAGCACCAAUCACAGGCUGAGCCUUCACAGGAGGAGGAUCUUUCUGAAACAGUUCAGCCGUCAGAUGGUCAGCCAAUCACUGAGGAGCACUCAGACAUGGAGGAGGAGCCAGUGAGCCCCGUGCUGGACUUGGACCCCUCUUUAGACAGAGAGGUGAUGGAGCUGAUGACAUCAUCGCCUCCCCCGUCCCUUCUGCACCUGUCCUCGCCAUCCUCAUCGCCACUGCUGCGCAGAGGGAAGGGUCGCGCCCUGAGGCCUCCUCCCUGCUCCCCCCGGCUGUCUGAUGACCUCUCCAUCCGCCUCAGACAGUCUCCCUUCUCCACUGAGGCCUCCCCAGAGACCUCCCCUGCAAGAGUGCCCAUCACGCCGCCGCCGCUCACCCCACCUUUGCCUUCUCUCAGGACUUCCCCCCUAGCUAGAGAGUCUCCACCUCUCUCUAAGGCUCCUCCCACCACCGUGCUCUCCCUCACCCCAAAAAUCGGCAUGGGGAAGCCUGCCAUCUCUAAGAGGAAGUUCUCUCCUGGCAGAGCCCGGGUGAAACAGGGCACGUGUUGGAGUAGUCGCAGGGCGGUCAGCCCCCUCUCGUCCUCCCAGGAUUCCACGGGAGAGGGAGGGUGGGACCCUAAGCCCCGCCUGCAGGACUCCCCGCUCUGGAGCAUGAGAGUGGGUCGUGGUUCCGGGUUCCCGGGCAGGAGGAGGUCCAGAGGAGGCGGCAUCGGAGGAAGAGGGGGGAGAGGAAGAAGCCGACUGAAGACUCAGGACAGCGUGACUGUGUCACCGGGAGCUGCGUAUGUGGAGGCGUUCACAGCAAAGGAGGACGAGGAGAACUCGAUGCACAACACCGUGGUGAUGUUCUCCACGUCGGACCACUUCACCCUCAGACAGGACAUGUGUGUGGUGUGUGGCAGUUUCGGGCAGGGCGCUGAAGGUCGGCUGUUGGCGUGCUCUCAGUGUGGACAGUGUUACCAUCCUUACUGCGUCAACGUAAAGAUCACUCGGGUGAUUCUGACCAAAGGGUGGCGCUGUUUGGAGUGCACGGUGUGCGAAGCCUGCGGUGAGGCCAGCGACCCUGGGCGACUGUUGCUAUGUGAUGACUGCGAUAUCAGUUACCAUACCUACUGCCUGGACCCGCCCCUCCUCACGGUGCCUAAAGGAGCCUGGAAGUGCAAAUGGUGUGUGUGGUGUGUGCAGUGUGGCUCCGCCUCCCCAGGGCUGCGCUGCGAGUGGCAGAGUAACUACAGCCUGUGCGGGCCGUGCUGCAGCCUAAGCCACUGUCCCGUCUGCCAGCGAGCGUACCUGCAGGACGACCUCAUCCUGCAGUGCCAGCAGUGUGACAGGUGGAUCCACGCUAUGUGUCAGGGUCUGACCACUGAGGAGGACGUGGAGGCUGCUGCUGAUGAAGGAUUUGACUGUUCGCUGUGCAGGACGCACGGACGCAGCCCCUACGGGAGGACGGAGUCGUUGGCGCCCUUCAUGGCUCAGAUCGUCUCCAGGAUCAGGGAACCCGACUCAAAGACGUACACUCAGGACGGGGUCUGCCUGACCGAGUCGGGCCUGUCUCACCUGCAGUCUCUGGUCGAACCUCUGACGUCGCCGCGCAGGUGGCGCAGGUGUAAACCCAAACUGAAGCUGAGGAUCAUCAACCAGAACAGCGUGUCCGUCCUGCAGACCCCAGUGGACGCCGAGCUGGACCAUGGCAGAGGUCAGUCACCGUUACGCUUGCUCAGGUGUGGAGUUUCUCACCUGAACGUGUGACCUGCAUGGCUUCAU